AUAGUUACUGAAUUAUCACAUUCCUCCAUAGCAUUUCUGUUUUUAUCUUCAACAUAUGAUAUGCUCUUUUAACAAAGUCUCUUUCUCUGCAUCAAACUAUACUGCGUAUGGCUUCUCUUUCACCAAAGGUCACUAAUACUUGGGCUUUUAUAGCCUCACUGCUGACACUAACCAAAUUUCAGUGCUAAUGGUUGCUCUAUAAGCGAUUCCAGCAGAAUAAAUAGAUGCUAAAGGCUGUGGAUAUUCAUUUCAUAGAGAUUCACCUUACUUUCAAAGUUUAUUUAUGGAACUGAAAAUAGCUACUUGGCUUGAAUGGAAUCCUUCUAUGACCAAAUUUUCCGCAAACUUCCCUCACUUCCAGAAGAAUUUCAAACUCGAGCCCAAACAGAAUUAAAUGAAACUAAAGACAAACGAGAUGAAUGUUUAACACAAAUACGAGAACUAAUUAAAUCUGACAACAAUAUAGAGGCAUGUUUUCCAACUGAAGAUGAUGACCACCUCCUCAAAUUUCUCAGGUCUAAAAAGUUUGAUGUUGAAAGAACAUUUGAGCUGAUCAAAAGUCAUGUUAAAUUUAAAAGAAAGUACCCUGAAGUCUCAGAAGACCUGACAUUUGAAUCUGUUCGAGAGUGUUUGUUAAAUGGCUUUCCAGGUAUUUUACCAGAACGAGAUGCACAGGGAUGUAUUGUGCUGCUGUUCAGUAUAGGGAACUGGGAUCGAAACAAAUUCCCUAACGAUGUGGUAUUGAGGUCUUAUCUCUUUCUCUUGGACUAUCUACUCCUGAAUGAAGAAACUCAACUGAAUGGCAUAACUAUUGUAGAGAACUUCAGGGAUUACUCAUUACUACAAGCACUGACAACUCGUCCCUCUGACAUGAAGAAAAUGGUCGAAAGCAUACAAGGGACAUUUCCUUCUAGGUUUAAGGGAGCACACUUCAUCUAUCAGCCCUGGUUCUUUACUCACACCGUCAGGCUUAUAAGGCCCUUUCUGAAGACAAAACUAGCCAGUAGGGUAUUUUUAUAUGGCUAUGAUCUCGAACCUUUCUGGCGGUGUUUCAAACCUUCCCUGAUUCCUGUUGAUCUGGGUGGCAAAGGACCAUGCUACGACCCCAAGCCAAUGGUUGAUGCUCUAGCUAAAGCAGUUGCUGAGAGAGAGCAAAUUACACAGAAGAAGAGCGCUGAUUAAUUAUUCUAUGUUAUUAACAAACAUCAGUUAUAAUCUGUCUAUUGUAAACAUUAUUGUUAUAAACACUAUGUUGUUAAUUCUCUUUUGGAACUGUGGCUCUCAAAACCAAAUAAGACUAUAAAUAAUAGAAAAAGUCAAGUCCAGAGGCAGCCUUUGAAUUUUUCAAUCCAAAGGGGUUUUUGUAACUCAAUAUUUACACACUAUUUAAGGUGGUGAGCUGGCAGAAAUGUUAGAACACCAGGCGAAAUGCUUAGCAGUAUUUCAUCUGUCUUUAUGUUCUGAGUUCAAAUUUCGCUGAGGUCAACUCUGU